GGCCACAAAACGUCACAUAGGACUCCACGAAGAUGGUACUCCUUCCGGCCAAAAUUAUUUGUCGAAAUCUUACAUGUAUCUAGACGUUUUUUAAAUAUAGAUACAUUCAUAUUUUAGACAAAUUUGAGACAGGAGGGUAUCUUCAAUGCGCAUGCACCUUGCUGAAAUGCUGAGCAAGCCAAGCACCACCAUGCCGACUUGAGCGCCGCAUCCAUGCGGUGUCUAGUUGCCUCAGGACAUCGACAAUAACAUCGCAGAGCAUUUUGAAAAGAAAAAAAAGAAGAAUGUGAACAGAGGUAAUCUGACGGUCUGGCCAAUCCUUGCACAAAGUAACUACACACAAAAUGAAGAAACGAGCAAGAAAACACAAACACACUCUACUCUGAAAAGAAUGGGGCAGAACUUUCAGCCUGCGCAGCUAGGCCAGCUUGGCAUUCAGCAAAGUCCCUUAUUUAUGCCCCCAAAAUGUUUUUUUUUUCUUUCUUUCUAAGAACUAGUCAUCUUGCAGGCCUUGCGUGGCCCACAUGUCACCAAUCGCAUUGGCGCUUCUACUGAAAACUCCAUAGUUUGGUGAUUUCGUCAACAUUACAUUGGAUGAAUCGCUACUCUCGUAUGCUUGAGUCCACGCGACUUGUUUCUGCAGAAAAAGUUUCUCAAAACGGCACUCCGUCCCCACGGCUCGAAACAUCCGCUGGCCAUGGAGAGCACGCCGGCAGGCAAUGGGCCGCGCACAGGGCACGACCACCGUGGGCUCCGCGGCCGUUUCGCCGGUAUCUUCUCCUCCUCGCCCUCACCCAACCUUCAGUGCUCUGAACAGGUCGCGAAGCUUAGGGACGAGGUCCAGAAGCAGAGCGAUCUCAAGGAGACGUGCAAGGCUCGGCUGGAGAGCACGCAGGAGUAUCUCAGGUUCUGCCUUGAGGUCGCACAGGAGCACGGCUUCUUGCACCUCAUAUCCAACAGCUCCAACGACGAGUCGCCUCACCAGGACGACGAAACCGAUGCCGCAACGGCGGCCGGCGCCGACGGCGAAGACGAGCGAGCUAAAGCUGAAGCUGAAGCUGAAGCGCCGCCUAGCGACCCGUACUUGGCCGCCACGAGGGAGCUCGCGCUGCAGCACGGCUGGUCCAUUUCACCUGACGAGAUCGAGCUGCAUGAGAUGAUCGGCCAAGGAUCGACGGCGGACAUCCACCGGGCGACGUGGAGGGGCCUCGACGUGGCGGUGAAGUGGGUCAGGCCGGAGUUCUUCUUCUCCCUCUCCAGCAACGGGAUGGCCGGCGACGCCGAGGCCUUCUUCGCGCAGGAGGCCGACCUGCUGUCGCGGCAGCGGCACCCGCACGUGCUGCGUCUGAUGGGCGCGUGCCUGCGCCCGCCGGACAGCUGCUUCCUGGUGACCGAGCUCCUCAGCGGCGCCACGCUGGGGGAGUGGCUGCACGGGGCCAAGGACAGGCGGCGCCGGCAGAGGGAUCAUCCGACGCCGACGCUGGCGGAUAGGGUGAGCAGGGCGCUGGAGAUCGCGCUGGCGAUGCGGUACCUCCACGAGCAGACGCCGAGAGUCCUGCACCGCGACCUCAAGCCCAGCAACGUGCUGCUGGACGGCGAUUGGAGCGCUCGGGUCGCGGAUUUCGGGCAUGCCAGGUUCUUGCCGGACGGGAAGGCGGCGCUCACCGGCGAGACCGGCACGUACGUGUACAUGGCGCCUGAGGUAAUCCGCUGCGAGCCGUACACGGAGAAGUGCGACGUGUACAGCUUCGGCGUCAUACUGAACGAGCUCGUCACCGGGGAGCAUCCGUACAUUGAUACGAGCUACGGGCCUAGCAAGAUUGCGCUGGAAGUAGCAGAUGGGAAACUUCGGCCAAGACUCCCGGAAGACGACGCGAACUCUGGCGCAUUGGUUGAUCUCAUAUGCAGAACCUGGCAUGCGGAGCCUUUGAACAGGCCUUCGUUUGACACUAUCACUUCGGCGCUUCGAGAAAUCAAAGAGCAGCUCGAGACCACUCAGAGUUAGCAUCGGACUCUUUUCUUUUCUUUGAGAAAUACGCCGAGUUUAGUACUACUUCCGUCCCAUAUUAAGUGUCGAAAUAUUACAUGUAUCUAAAUGUUAGAUAUAUUUAUAUUUGAACAAAUUAGAGACACUUGAUAUGGGACGGAGGAAGUAGUUGCUGUGAAAGGCCACUCUAGUAGUUGUACGUUGCACAUCAACCUGAUAUAGGCCAAUGAGAUCUCACACUGCGGCUGGGCUGCGUUGCUGUAAAAAAGGAUGUAGCUUAGUACCACAUCGGCCAGGCGAGGACGCAAGGGAAAAAUCAGCCAUCUAUAUAACUA